ACAUCAAGAGGCGGCCCCAGCACCCCCCUUCUUCUGCCCCCCGCCCCCGAGCCGCGGCCAUGGACCCGGCAGAUCCGGCCUGCCCCGGCUCAGCUCAACACCUGAUUUCGACCCAACAUCCAACAUCCAGGGGCGUCGUGGGACCACGGGAAGAAUGUGUGAAGCCAGGGCCAUCCUGAAGAACCCAGGUGAGGUGACCAUUCUGGCUGCUAGCGUGACCAUUCUGGCUGCCAGCCUGGGUGAGGAGGCAGAGACAGCCUGCCCGGUGUCUCUCACGUGUUCCCAGGGCCCGAUGUCAGAGGCCAUGGACCAGCCCGCUGGGAGUCCUGGAAAGCCGAGGCCUGGAGAGGGUGGUGACAGCGGCACGGAGCCGGGCACCUGCCAGGAGCUGCUGCACCGACUUCGGGAGCUAGAGGCAGAGAACUCGGCACUUGCCCAGGCCAAUGAAAACCAGCGGGAGACCUAUGAGCGCUGUCUAGAUGAGGUUGCCAACCAUGUGGUGCAGGCACUGCUAAACCAGAAGGACCUGCGGGAGGAGUGCAUCAGGCUGAAGAAGAGGGUGUUUGACCUGGAACGGCAGAACCAGAUGUUGAGCGCCCUGUUUCAGCAGAAACUCCAGCUGACGACGGGCUCCCUCCCUCAGAUCCCACUAACGCCGCUCCAGCCGCCAUCAGAGCCCCCGGCCUCCCCCUCCCUGAGCUCUGCCGAGGGACCGACCACCUCGCUGCCUCUGGGGCACUGUGCAGGGCAGAGAGAGGUAUGUUGGGAGCAGCAGCUACGGCCAGGAGGCCCAGGACCCCCGGCCGCCCCACCGCUGGCCCUGGAUGCCCUGUCCCCGUUCCUUCGAAAGAAAGCGCAGAUCCUGGAGGUGCUGAGAGCCCUGGAAGAGACCGACCCCUUGCUGCUUUGCUCGCCUGCCACCCCGUGGCGACCUCCCAGCGAGGGUCCUGGCUCCCCAGAGCCCAUCAAUGGCGAGCUGUGUGGCCCACCCCAACCCGAACCCUCCUCCUGGGCCCCCUACCUGCUCCUAGGCCCUGGUAGCCUGGGAGGCCUGCUACACUGGGAGCGCCUCUUGGGGGGCCCAGGGGAGGACGAGGGUGCUGGGCGGAUCUGGGGCCCUGGCAGGGGCCCCUCCCAGGCUCCAGGCACUGGCUCUGGGCCCCCCUGUGCCCCAGGCAGCAGCUCCUCCUCCUCCUCUGAUGAGGCGGGUGACCCCAAUGAGGCACCCAGCCCGGACACCCUACUUGGGGCCCUGGCCCGCAAACAGUUGAACCUGGGCCAGCUCCUUGAGGACACAGAGUCUUACCUGCAGGCCUUCUUGGCCGGGGCUGUGGGCCCACUCAGCGGGGACCCGCCAGGUCCCGGGCAGCCAUCUUCUCCAGAACAGGGGCCCCCACAGCUGUCCAAGUCCAAAGGCCUCCCCAAGUCAGCUUGGGAUGGGGUUACUCCAGAGGCCCAGAGGCCAGGCUUUGGUGCUACCUCAGAGGGCCAGGGGCCCCUCCCCUUCCUCAGCAUGUUCAUGGGUGCGGGUGAUGCCCCCCUGGGCUCACGGCCUGGCCACCCCUACUCCUCAUCUCAGGUGAAAAGCAAGCUCCAAAUUGGCCCCUCUUCUGGGGAAGCCCAGGGGCCACUUCUGCCCUCUCCAGCCAGAGGUCUCAAGUUUCUAAAGCUGCCUCCAGCUUCGGAGAAGGUCCCCAGCCCAGGAGGCCCCCAGCUCAGCCCCCAGCUUCCCCGGAACUCCCGAAUUCCCUGUCGAAACAGUGGCUCUGAUGGCAGCCCCUCCCCACUACUGGCCCGCAGGGGUCUGGGUGGAGGAGAGCUAUCCCCGGAGGGAGCACAGGGCCUGCCCACCAGCCCUUCCCCCUGCUCCGCAGCUCUGGACUCUGCACAGCUCAGACCACCCCCGCCAGCCUUGUCUACCACACUGUCCCCGGGACCCGUGGUUUCUCCCUGCUAUGAGAACAUUCUGGACCUUUCCCGGAGCACCUUUAGGGGGCCUUCCCCAGAGCCACCUCCAUCCCCACUGCAGGUACCCACCUACCCACAAUUAACUCUGGAGGUGCCACGGGCCCCUGAGGUCCUCAGAAGUCCUGGAGCUCCCUCCAGCCCUUGCCUCCCAGAACCCUGCACCUAUGGGAGUGCCCAGGAGAAGAGUCUGGACAAAACUGGCUCGGAGUCUCCCCAUCCUGGCCGCCGGACCCCCAGCAGCUCAUCCAAGAAACCCAACCAGGGGGCCGGGCGGCGCCCUGGGGAUCCUGGCUACACCCCUCUGCGGGACAGACUGGCGGCCCUGGGGAAACUGAAGACUGGCCCCGAGGGGCCAGAGAAGAAUGGGGUGCCAGCCAAGCCUGGCACCGAGAAGGCCCGGGGAGCAGGGAGGUCUGGGGAGAGCCCUGGAGACAUGGCGCCUCCCACCCCCAGGCCUCCUGAGGGGCCAGAAGCCAAGGGGGCCCUGCGGGGGGCAGUGGCCUUGGGCACGAGCAGCCUGAAGCAGCAAGAACCUGGGCUCCUGGGAGACCCCGGGGCCCGCAUCUACUCCUCCCACUCCAUGGGGGCCCGGGUGGACCUGGAGCCCGUCUCACCACGGAGCUGCCUCACCAAAGUGGAGCUGGCCAAGAGCCGGCUGGCAGGGGCCCUGUGCCCCCAGGGACCCCGCACCCCUGCCAAAGCACCAACCUCAGCCCCCAGCCUUGGCAAGCCCAGUAAGAGCCCCCAUGGCAGCCCGACGAAGCUGCCUUCCAAGUCACCCACCAAGGUGGUACCGCGCCCUGUGGCCCCACCGACCACCAAGGAGCCCCCGAAGCCUGACAAGGGGAAGGGCCCUCCUUGGGCUGACUGUGGCGGUGCUCCGGCCCAGUCUAUGGCCCCCACCCCCGGCCCUGCAGACCCCAGCCAAGGCCCAGAGGGCCGGGCCCCACACUCAGCCAUCGAGGAGAAGGUGAUGAAGGGCAUUGAGGAGAACGUGCUGCGGCUGCAGGGCCAGGAGCGGGCGCCGGGCACCGAGGCCAAGCACCGCAACGCCAGCAGCAUCGCCAGCUGGUUCGGCCUGAAGAAGAGCAAGCUACCGGCACUGAACCGCCGCACCGAGACCGCCAAGAGCAAGGAAGGGGCCGGCGGGGGCUCCCCGCUCCGGAAGGAGGGCAAGAUGGAAGCCCGGAAGCUGGAGGCCGAGAGCCUCAACAUCUCCAAGCUGAUGGCUAAGGCAGAAGACCUGCGCCGGGCCCUGGAGGAGGAGAAGGCCUACCUGAGCAGCAGGGCCCGGCCACGGCCUGGAGGCCCAGCCCCGGGACCGAGUACCGGGCUGGGGCAGGUGCAGGGCCAGCUGGCUGGCAUGUACCAGGGCGCAGACACCUUCAUGCAGCAGCUCCUCAACAGGGUGGAUGGCAAGGAGCUGCCGCCCAAGAACUGGCGGGAGCCCAAACCCGAGUAUGGCGAUUUCCAGCCAGUGUCCUCUGACCCCAAGAACCCCUGGCCAGCCUGUGGGCCUCGAAAUGGCCUGGUGGGGCCUCUUCAGGGCUGUGGAAAACCUCCUGGAAAGCCGAACAGCGAGUCAGGAAGGCGGGAAGAGAUGCCCUCAGAGGACAACCUGGCUGAGCCAGUGCCCACCUCACACUUCACAGCCUGUGGCUCCUUGACUCGAACCCUGGACAGUGGCAUUGGGACCUUUCCACCCCCAGACCAUGGCAGCAAUGGGACCCCCAGCAAGAAUCUUCCCAAGACAAAGCCACCACAGCUGGACCCCCCACCCGGAGUGCCCCCGGCUCGGCCCCCACCCCUUACCAAAGUCCCCCGCCGUGCCCACACGCUGGAGCGUGAGGUGCCGGGCAUAGAGGAGCUGCUGGUGAGCGGGCGGCACCCUAGCAUGCCGGCCUUCCCCGCGCUGCUCACCGCCACUCCCGGCCACCGGGGCCAUCAGCCCUGUCCUGAUGAUCCCUGUGAAGACCCAGGUCCUCCCCCUCCCGUCCAGCUGGCUAAGAACUGGACUUUCCCCAACGCAAGGGCAACCAACAGCUCCACUGACCCUUUUCUUUGCCCAUCCCGACAAUUGGAGGGGCUGCCCAGGACCCCCAUGGCCCUGCCCGUGGACCGGAAGCGGAGCCUGGAGCCCAGCCGCCCAGCCCCUCCACCCCAGGGCCCAGCAUUCGGAGGUAGCCGCACACCCAGCACGUCGGACAUGGGCGAGGAAGGGAGAGUGGCCAGUGGGGGUCCCCCAGGUUUGGAGACCUCAGAGUCUCUCAGCGACUCCCUCUACGAUUCGCUCUCCUCCUGUGGGAGUCAGGGCUGAGGGGCUACGCCGCACGAUGGCCCCUCUCUGGAGUUGGAAACCACUGACUGGACCAGCUCUCCUCGUGCCCCAUCCCUCGGGGCAGGUGGGGCCCCUCCCUGCAGGGACCAAGAAGGCAGAUGGAUCAGAAGGUGAAGGGGGUCCCUGACAC